AUGAAGAUUACGAAGUUAUUUAGUGAAAAGUAUGUUCUAUAUUAUAGGAAUGAAAUAUUGUUUAGAAAUAUUAUUCAUCGAUAUGCUUCGACCGGCAUAAACAAAUUUUCGAAUUGUAUACCCACAAGUGAAAUAAAAAUAGAUAUAGAGAAAUAUUGGAAGGAAAAAGUUAACCUGCACAAAUAUGAUGAAACAGAUAACACAAGAAAGAAAUGUUAUAUAUUAUCAAUGUUUCCAUAUCCUUCUGGAGCACUUCAUAUGGGUCAUGUAAGAGUUUAUACAAUAAGUGAUACUGUUUCUCGUUUUUAUAGGAUGCAAGGAUAUAAUGUCCUUCAUCCAAUGGGUUGGGAUGCAUUUGGAUUACCUGCUGAAAAUGCUGCAAUGGACAAACAAAUUCAUCCAGUUACAUGGACACAGGAAAAUAUUAACAAUAUGAGAGCUCAAUUAAAUUCAUUAAAUUAUGCCUUUGAUUGGGAUAGAGAAUUUGCUACAUGUGACCCAGAAUAUUAUAAGUGGACACAAGCAUUAUUUUUAAAACUCUUUGAGAGAGGUUUAGUUUAUAGGAAAGAAGCAUUUGUUAAUUGGGAUCCUAUUGAUGAAACUGUAUUAGCUGAGGAACAAGUUGAUGAAAAUAAUUGUUCCUGGAGAUCAGGGGCUAAAGUAGAAAAAAGGUUGUUAAAUCAGUGGUUUAUUAGAACUACAGCAUUUGCUAAGUCAUUGUUUGAAGGGUUAAACAAUCCUAUAUUAAAAGAAUGGGCUGAUGUUAUAAAAAUGCAACAACAUUGGAUAGGUGAAUGUAAUGGCAGUAGUUUUGAAUUACAAGUGAUAGGAAACAUUCCACACUAUCCAAAAGCAAUAAAUGUUUGGACUAAUUAUCCAGAAUUUAUCGAAUAUGCAAAGUUUAUUGCAGUAUCUCCAAACAGCUUAUUAAAUAGACCAGAAUAUUGUAAAGAUGUAGCAGAAGGAAUAAAAGUUAUAGAUGCCAAAGUACUAAAUCCAUUCAAUGAAAAUGAGUUACCAAUAUUUGUGACAGAUAAAGUUCAGUUUCAAAAUUUUAGAGAUACUUAUAUUGGUAUACCUUCUGCAUCAAUGGAUGAUUUUCAAUUUUCUGAUAUAGUUGGAAUUGAAUUCACACGGCAUUCAAUAAGAAGUUAUGAAGAACAACAGUCAAAAUUAUUAGAAGUGUUAUCUAAAGCAAAAAAAUGGAAAAUUGGUGGUUAUCCAGUUAGUUCAAGAUUGCAAGAUUGGUUGAUAUCUAGACAAAGGUAUUGGGGCACACCUAUUCCAAUUAUUCAUUGUUCAAACUGUGGUGCUCAGCCAGUACCACAUGAUCAACUUCCUGUAAUUCUACCAAAUAUAUCCUUUUCAUCUUCAAACAAAAAGUCUACAUUAUGUGAAGCUAAAGAUUGGUUGAAUACUUCUUGUCCUAAAUGUGGAGGAAAAGCAGUUAGAGAGUCAGACACAAUGGAUACAUUUGUAGAUAGUUCAUGGUAUUAUUUGAGAUAUGUUGAUCCAAAAAAUACGAAAGAAAUGUUUGCAGUUGAUAAAGUGAAAGAGAUAUUUCCUGUUAAUCUUUAUAUAGGUGGAAAAGAACAUGCUGUACUGCACUUAUAUUAUGCUAGAUUUAUAAGUCACUUCUUACAUUCAGAAGGACUUUUACCCUGUACAGAACCAUUUAAGCAAUUACUUGUGCAAGGUAUGGUGUUUGGCAAAACAUAUCAAGUACAGAGUACAGGAAAAUAUUUGAAAUCAGAUGAAGUGGAAGAAAAGGCAGGGCAGUGUAUAGAGAAAAGUACUAAAGAACCAGUAAUAAUCACCUGGGGAAAAAUGUCUAAAUCAAGAUAUAAUGGUGUUGAACCUCUUGAAGUGGUAAAUGAGUAUGGAAUUGAUACAACUAGAUUAAUUAUAUUAGCUGAUCAAGCGCCAACCUCGGUUAAGUAUUGGAAUCAUAAAACCGUGCCGGGAAUAUUAAAUUGGCAAGACCGUUUAUGGAAAACAGUAAACAAAUUUGUAGCCUAUCGUAAUAGCACAACUUUGGAAGAAUUUCAAGCAGAACCUACUCAUCCUAAAUUUGCAGAAGAGGAUGCAUAUCUGUUUGAUAGUCGAAAUUAUUUCUUAAAGAAUGUAACUUUUAAUAUAACUGGAUCCCAGCAAUUGAGUGUUGCAAUAUCAAGAAUGCAAGGACUCACAAACAGCUUACGCAAAGUAUCGAUACAAUGCAUGCAAAAAAGUCGUGAAUACGAACGUGCAUUAGCAGUACAAAUUAUAAUGCUUGCACCAUUUGCGCCGCAUUUUGCUUCGGAGUUGUGGGCCGCAUUUUCUUCAGUAAAACAUCAUCUGAUAAGUGAAAAUGAAGUAAAAUUAGAUAAGGAUGUAAUGGAACAAAGUUGGCCAGAAAUAGAUAAUAAUUACAAACUUGUUUUGGAAAUCAUGAUAAAUGGUGCACGGUAUAAGAAGAUCAAAAUACCCAAAUAUGAAAUGGAUAAGUUGACACUUGCAGAAGCUCUUGAUUUAAUAGAGAAUGAACCAGAUGUCCAGAAACGUUUAAAAAAUCACAAGAUUGUUGACUCUAAACUUCUUUCAAGGGAAGGCUGUGAUUCAAAAUUAGACAUUUCAAUAAAAAAAUGCAUAGAAACUGUGGUAACAUGA